CUCAGCUGAGUGCAUUAACUUCUAUUACUGCGCUUGCGCCAAAUAUACUUCCAGGCAUUCAUCGUUGAACGUGAAAGUUUUGUUCAUCAACAUUCUUUCAUGGCUAGCGAACAAUCAGCUCUUCUUUUAAGAAAACAAUUGGCUGAUUUGAACAAAAAUCCAGUAGAAGGAUUUUCAGCAGGCCUUAUAGAUGACGAAGACUUAUACAAAUGGGAGGUAGUCAUAAUUGGGCCACAGGAUACCCCAUAUGAAGGAGGAUUCUUUAAAGCCCACCUCCUGUUUCCAAAGGAAUACCCUCAUAGACCUCCAAAAAUGGUCUUCAAGUCGGAUAUUUGGCAUCCAAACAUUGGUCCUGAUGGAGUGGUGUGCAUUUCUAUCCUUCAUGAGCCAGGUGAUGAUAAAUAUGGCUAUGAAACAGCCUCAGAACGUUGGUUACCUGUACAUACUGUGGAAACUAUUUUAGUCAGUGUAAUAUCCAUGAUUUCUGAUCCCAAUGAUGAAUCACCAGCCAAUGUGGAUGCAGCUAAAAUGUGGAGAGAACAACCAGAAGACUUCAAAAAACGUGUGGCACGGUGUGUCAGAAAAAGUCAAGAUGAAUUUUCAUAGAAAACAUUCAGCAUUUCAUCAAACUCUUUACAUCCCUGUGAUCAUUUCCUUUCUCAUGAAGACUUUGGGAGAGUUGUUGGUUUAAUUUCAUACAGAGUUUCAAUACCAUUUUUAUAUGCAAUUCAUUCAAGCUAUAUGUUGGCAUUUUCAUAGUGUGAAAGUUCUGAUUUCUAAAAUUAUUUCGAAUGCUUUGUAAAUGUAAAUGUAAACUACUACUUUUAUGAGAUUUGAAUUAAGUAAUGUACAAGUAAAAGUAAGUAAGUGAAAUACAAACCUAUGCUGGUAAACAAUAUCCAAAGACUGUUGUGUAUCCAUGGAUUUAAAUUAACUGAAUAUGAAUUUUAUUUAUCUUAAAAAAAUGUAUAUAGAAUGAAUCUACAAUUUUAAUAUUUGAAAAUAGCAUUGAGAUCAAUGUUUCUAAAUCUGACCCAGUGCACCUAUUCGUAUUAAAUAUGAAAGGAGCAUUGUAAUUAAUUGUGCACAACUUUAUUGGUUAUUUUGAGUGAGAGAUUCUGUAAGUGCUAAUAGACUCAAAUGUAUAGAAAUGCUUGAAAGAAUUAUUAUACAUAUGUAUCUAUUUGUAUUCAUCUCAAGCUACCAUGCUACAAGUACAGGGCUAAACCCCUUCUCAUGUCCAGGAAAAAUAAAACACUAUAUAUACAGAAUGCAGUGGUAGUAUAAGUCUUGAUAAAUUUGUUUGAAGAAUCAAAUAUAGUACAAUGUAUAAAAAUAGAAGUGUGAAAUUUUAUUUUUACUCCUUUUGUUUUCUUUUUGAAAUGAGGAAGAUGAAAAAAUGAGAUGUUGAACCUAAGUUAAAUAAUGUUUUUAAAUACUAAGGUUCACUAAAUAUAACACAAAGUAACAGCUGAGAAGCAAACCUGUGAUUAUAUCUUGAGAUAGUGCUUUAUUUUGAGAAUGAUUGUCUCUACAGCACAAUAAGAACCCACGGUUUUAUGUUUUAAUAUUUGUUGUCCAUAAGAAUCUUGUGUUGCAUUUAUGAAAACAUAUCUCUUUUUUAUUUAGAAUCUGAAAUUCAUAAAUUCCAAAGUAAAUGUACAAAUAUAUUUUUCUUGAGUUCUUGAACCUGCAAGGGAUUUUUUUUCUAUGUAUAGAUAAAUUGCUUUUGUUUCCUUCAAUAUUAUUACAGUAACUUGUGUUACAUGUAUGUAUGUAUGAGUUUUAUUUGUUCACUUGAUAUUUAUUAAUACAAUAAUAUCUUCUUAUUUGUUGAUAAUAGCCUCUUAUUUGUUGCUAUUGUUCUGCCUUAGAAGCUUACAAUAUUGAUAAAAAUUCUAAUUUGGUAUACAUAAAUAGUUACAUUUACAUGUGUAUACUGUUCCCUAUGUACAUAUAAACUGUAAAGAAAUGAAGUGACUUUUCCCAUCCAAAGUUGAAGAAUAUAAGAUCUGCAAUGCAAUGAAAUAUGUAUUCACUUAAGAACCUUAAUCCUUUGUUUGCCCAUGGGGUUUUACAACUAUCAAAUUAAGUGCACAGGUUUUGAAUGUACAUUGUAUGUAAGAUAUAUUUGUCUCAGGUAAAUAAAAUUCCUGUGUUGUAAAA